AUGGGACAGGGAGGGUCUACGCCCAAGACCGCGCUUGAAUGCCUCCUAAAUAAUUUUUCUGAUUUUCAGAAGCGCGCCCGGGGUUAUGGGGGCCCACCGCCCGACCCUGAGGUACUGCGAACCUUCAGUGAACUAGAAUGGCCCACCUUCAACGUAGGGUGGCCCACUGAGGGGACCUUCGAUCUUCCCAUCUUAUAUGCAGUACAGAGAGUAGUAUACCAGGUACCUCAUCCGGACCAGAUGGUAUACAUCGACGUUUGGGUGGACAUAGCCACCGAGCGUCCAGGUUACAUCCGGCCAUGCCAGCCUGACUGGAGGAGGAUGCAGCGCAGUGUCUGUGUUGCGGCGAGGGGGGGUUCACAGGGAGCCCUGGUCCCGGGUUCAGCUAAGGAAAAGCCUCGUUUAUACCCAGUUCUCUCUGAAGCCCCGGAGGACCCCCUGAUCGAGCCUACUGCGGCGCCACCCUACAAUCCUCCGCAACCAGAUUCCACCACGGGAGGUGACCUCAGGAGCCCGCCCCAUACCAGGGGCGGGACACCAUAUGGGUUGCCUCAGCAGGGAGGCGCUGCCAUUCUGCCUCUCCGUGAGGUGCCGCCUGGCCCAGAUGCACCAGCACAGGCACCACCUCGACUAGUCUAUGUUCCUUUUUCAACCAGUGACCUGUAUAAUUGGAAACUCCAGAAUCCUCCUUUUUAUGAAAAACCCCAAGGCCUCAUUUUCCUUUCAGAAACCAUUUUCAGGACCCACCAGCCAACCUGGGAUGACUGCCAGCAGAUACUCCAGACCCUUUUCACCUCUGAGGAAAGGGACCGAAUUAUGAGAGAAGCAGCCAAGGCUGUGGCGGGAGAAGAGAGGGGUACCGCAGAAGGGAGGAGGGAGGCUUUGCAACAGGUGCGACAGGAGAUACAAGUCCUACGCCACCAGCCUCCAGCUGAGACAACCCGAUGGCCAGCUCCACCUGAACCGGGACAAUGGAUCUGGGUCCUUAACCAUCGCCGGGGAAGUCUAGAGCCGAGGUGGAUUGGCCCCUUCCAGGUCCUGCUCAGCACCCUCUCUGCAGUACGAGUAGCAGAGAAGCCCUACUGGAUUCACCUAUCACACACGAAGCCAGCCCAGCCCCCGGAGGACCACCAAGGAACAUGGCGGAUCAGCAAAGAUUCCGAGCAACCGCUAAGACUGAAAUUUCUCAAACAGUAA